GUCGUCCAGUUGCAAAACUCAUUAUGUCCACAUUUUCCAGAAAUUGAGUUAUUUACUCCAUGUUGUUCUUCAGUGAAAAAUACACAAUCUAGGAUAAUUGUAGCGAUGCAAAUCUCAUUUAAUCCAGUGUUAAACAGGCAUUGAAAAACCCGUACUGCAGCAUAACUCGUUAUGUCCAUGAGCAGAACUGCUGCAAUACUCAUUAUGUCCAACUAAUCAAACUGAUGCAAAACUCGUUAUGUCCAAGAGUAAUACAUAUUGAAUAUAAUAAACUGAAACAAAAUGCACCAUGUCCAAAUUGUAACACCGAGAGUGUGUUCAGUAUUUUCACAAUGUGUUCUUGAAUACUAGACAUGAAAAAAUUACGAGAUUCAAGUUGUAAGAUUGGCUAUCAUGGAAAAACUUCUCUACGUCUUAUAAUCUAUGAUUUUUUUUUUUCAUUAUUGCAGUAAACAUUGUCAAAGCAUUUGCAUUCAGUCAACUAUAAACAAAGCAUCGUAAACAGUUUAUACAGUAUUAAUAUUAAUUAUGAAUCCUUUACAAGUACAGGAAGUCCAGCCUGGAAAAGGAAGAAAGAAAAGGGCAUUGAAGGACAGUUGGAAAAGAAAUGUUGCCAAGAGAAUGAGGUACUCUGCACCUUCAUUUCCACGACCGCCGUCAUGUAACCACAAGGCAGCAGAGGCGUAUCGUUGCAGUGAGGUGACGUAUCAAGAUGUGAGGAGAAUGCAUCAACGUUUCUACGGCCACCAUGAUAGAGAAGGACAACAAAAUUUUAUAUUACAUCAUGUUGUAGUGUGCACACCAAAACGAGGAAGGUCAAGAAAUCGCAAUAGCGAUUUUCACCGAAAAAAAGUAAGCACAAAAUAUUUCAUUCCAUGUUUGAACGGUAGUCACACGGUAAAUAUACAAGUCUGCAAAAAACUAUUUAUACAGACCUUAUGUGUAUCAGGAGACCGUGUUCAAAGUUUAUGCAGAAAGUUUCUGCAACUAGACGAUGUGCCUGUGGACAAACGUGGAGGAGACAAAAUAUCCAUCCGUUAUUCAGAUAAGAGGCAGUCAGUAAAGGAAUUCAUAAAUUCACUUACUGUACUUGAAUCACAUUACUGUCGCAGUAAAAAUAUAACUAGGCAAUAUCUUCCUAGUGAACUAAGCAUUAAAUCCCUUUGGACAAAAUAUCAAGACACACAUGACAAACAGGUGCACAUAAAGUACGAUUAUUUUCGCAGCAUUUUUGAUAGUGACUUUAACAUAGGUUUCGGUUCUCCAGCUACUGACUGCUGUUCAGUAUGCCUUUCACUUAAGGAACGAAUAAAGAAAUGCACAGAUGUGCAACAGAGAAAGGAACUGCAAACAGAACUCAUCAUUCAUGAACAACGAGCAAAAGCAUUUUAUGAUAUCUUACGACACAGCAAUGAACAGGAAAUCACAUUUAGCUUUGAUUGCCAGAAAAACCAGCCAAUUCCUAAAAUACCCGACCAGUCAGCAUACUAUCUAAGGCAGUUAUAUUUAUAUAACUUCACUAUUUGUGUUGGAAAUUCAAAAGAAAGCCAGCGGAAGGAGAAUACAUUUUCUUAUGUAUGGCUUGAAGACGAAUACAAGAAGGGAUCAAACCAAAUUGCUAGUGCCCUCCAUCAUCAAUUAUUGUCCGCAGACUUAACAAAUUACAAAUCAAUAAAGUUGGUAGCAGAUGGCUGUGGAGGCCAAAACAAGAACAAAAUUCUUAUAGGUAUGCUCUGCAAAUAUCUGGCUGAAGAUGCUCCUACAUCAGUAAACCAAGUAACUUUGGUAUUCCCAGUACCUGGACACUCCUUCAUCCUUCCUGACAGGAUAUUCGGACGGAUUGAAUCGCAAGUAAAGAAAAAAUCAACAAUCCUUACUCGCCAAGAUUAUGAAAACAUUAUUGAAUCCCACGCAACCCUGAAACGUUUGGGAGAAGAAUGUCCUGUAUUGCAUUGGAAAGAUGCAGUUUCCAAAGUUAUUAAAGAGCCCGGUCAAUGGCAUUUCAAACUUCAACCUUGCAAGAGGGUAGUAAUUACUCGAACUUCACCUGGUAAGUGUGUAAUUAGGGGAGAAGUCAACUAUAAUACUGAUAUUGGUGAACCAAAAAGUGUGCUGAAACGUGGGAAAAUGUUGUCAGCUAUCAAACCGAAAGAAGAGAAAAAAGGAAUACCACUUAAGAAAGAAAAAGUUACUGAUUUGAACACGUUGUUGAAAAAGCACUUUGGUAAUGACUGGGUUGAAAUGGAUAACCUAUUGUUCUUCAAAACUUUGUUUUCACAGCAAGAAUCAUUAACUGAAGAAGUGGCAGAAAAUGAUUCUGAUCUAGGAGAAUUGUUAGAAGAAAAGGAAGGGCUGAUACUUUAAAGUUUAUGGGAAAUUACCUUUGUAUUUAGGUCUACAUUAUUAUUGUAUCUGUUAAUUUUUUUAUGUAGAAUACCCAUUGUGAUGAAAGAUGUAUACUGAAAAUAUUUCAUUCUAUUUACUUUAUUGGAAUGUGAUUGUAUGUACAUGAAUGAAAUGUAAAGUAUUUUGUAUAAAGUAUACCCAUUUUGAAGAAAAUUGUGUACUGCAGCAAAAUUGUGUUUACAUUUAUUUAGAAUAUUGUAUUUGCAUUAUUUUGUCUGGUAAUAUUUCUACAGAGUAUACCCAUUGUUAUUUUAGAUGUAUACUGCAGCUAAAUUGCAUUUAUAUUUUUUUCGAAUCUGGUAAACUUAGUAUAAAGAGUCCCCAGUGUUACAUACUGCAGCAAAAUGCAUUAAGUCCUCCUAACUGCUGCAAAACUCAUUAUGUCCAAACAUGUUUUGGAAAUAACUUUGGUAAUUUAAGUGAAAAUUAUCCACUCUCUGGUUGAUAAUUUGUGAUAUUUAUUGUCUAUUUAUUAGUACAAAUUCCAAAUUUCUAUCUGCAAUAUUUCAUUAACCACAGUUUUUUGCCCUUCCUGAAAAAUCUGUUUCUCUGGACAUAAUGUGUUUUGCAACUGGACGACUCAAUUACAGGUAUCUUUAAGGAAGCACUGGUAGAAGGAGUGGUACCUGAUUGUUUAAAAUUAACUAGGGUCCUGCCUCUGUAUAAAAAAGGUAACCCAACAAAUCCAGAAAACUAUAGGCCUA